AACUUUCUGCAGGGGUGUAGGUGAACAAACAACUGAUAGAGGCCUCACAGUAAAGUGAAUCUCAUGAUCAGAGUUGUACUUUUUUUCAUCUGAGCGGGAGCGGUUAGAACGCAUUUUGGUACCACCUGAAUUUUCAUCAUGGCAGCCAUAGUUUCGAGUUCGACCAUGAUUCUUCUUCUCUUCGUCGGAUUGCUGGCGAUGCCGUGUUCUAGGGCCGAGUACUUCUGCGGCAUCCACAACGCCUGCUACAUGACGCCUGACGGCUGCUCCUACGGCAAUUGCGACUUUGAGGUUGUGUGGAGCCAGCAGGAAAACACCACCAAGUACGACUUCAAGAUCGCCGUCAGGACUACCGGCUGGGCCGCGUUCGGCAUUUCCAGUGACAAAUUCAUGGGAGAUGAUGACGUAUACAUGUGCAUCGUAGAGGGCGAUGGGGCCAAAUUUGAGCAUCGCUUCAACUUCGGCAGGAGCAACAUCGCAGGCACUGGGACGGGUGUCUUGUCCACGGAGCGCAGAUACGUCAAUGGCGUAGUCAGCUGCCGCAUCGAGCGUGAUCUGAGCGUGACCAACAACGGCGUGACCGUCGACCUCACCACCGAUUGGUACAUGUUCUUCGCAAAGGGUCCUAUCCAGUCAGGAAGCCCCUUGCAGCACGACAAAAUCCCCAGGAUCACCAAGGUGAAGGUGGACUUCUCCGAGCUGCCCGUCCUGACUCCUGGCGACCUAGACUAUCCUAACACCAACGACAACGGUGCCACGGCCCAGCGAGCAGGUUUUCUGCUGAUAAUGUGCAGCACCAUUCUCCUUCUGAUGGGCGUACACAUGUAGAACGGAUACCGACGUAAACGCUGCAGUGCCUGUAUAAACUUGUACCAGAUGCAUCAUACCACAAACGCGUGCACAAGCGCUCAGCUUAUAAACACAAAAUUCUUCAACUAUAAUUAAACACGCAUUAUGGACAGGCAAUGAACAUGGCACCAAGAACGAUAUAGCACAGUUUUGAUAUUGAAUAUUUUUUUAUUACUAAAAUUACUGCAGCCCAAAACUGUGAUCCAACAUUAAGGGGAGUUCUGGUUGCAAUUGAUAAGAUUAGUUUUGUUUCUUGUUGAAAAAAAUAUGAAUGAGCCAAUAAAGAUCAUUUUAAGUUUUGGUGAAGGGAAGAACUAGUAAUCGCUUAUUUUUAGUAGUUUGAUUUCAACAGAAAAUAUUACCGAAAAUAUUGCAUCUAGAGCGCAAUAUACAAAUGUACUUACUAUCACUAUACCAUAAGACUGACUAGCUGUAUGUUUCCACUCAUUAAAGGUCCCCCUAUAUCUGCUAAUUAUUUCAUCUUGUUUUCAAAACCUAUUUUCAGUUUUACCUUGUUUAAUCAGAAUAAACAAAUAAAACCUAAUGAAAUAUCCGACUUGAAAAUGAAACAUUUUGCUCGCGUUUUUAUUCUAUAGUCAUAGCAAUUUGAGACCACAUUACUCUGGUAUUCUGCAAGAACGCAGUAAAUUAUUCAAAUACAUGUAUUAAUAAAAUAUUAUUUUGGAACUGGGGUCUUAAGAAUUCCGAUGCCUUUAUAACUAGCACCCGAUGGUGGCAACAACUCCAUUUGCAAGCUCGUAUAUGGACCAAUCCUGGCA